GCCAUGGAAGAAUUCGAUUCAAUAUCAGAGGGAUGCUUUUUGGUGAUGCCCAAGUCUGCUCGUGGCAGGCCGUCCUUGAAAAAGCGAAAGCGUUCAUACAAAGCCAUUAACGCCACGAAUUCACGAAGCUCGAAAAUGAAACUUGGAGAUGCUGGAUUUCAACGGCUUUUUGACGGUGACGAACCGGAAGCUUCGAUGCAGCUUCGAUCCGAUAGUUACGACAAUAGCUGGCGACAGAUGAAAAAAGUACUAGACGACGUACUGAUUGAAACAAAUCAAUCCACGUUCGAUCAAAUUGAAGAGUUUGUUACCAAUGCCCAUAUACCCACAUACGCUUCAACAGGAACUAUGUCCUUGCCAUUCCAUGAAAUCCCUACCGCAUUGGUAUUCGCUGGUAUCAAUACGCCUGACCACGACAACCUUUUCACACAAAUUGCUUCUCGCCUCAUCGGUUCAUCUGCACAAUCCGACAUGAGCACUCCAAACUACGUUGCAUUGUUGCAAUCGAGAGAUUGCUCUAACCUUCGUAUCACUAUGCGAAACAUGAUAGAACAGUUCUUAGCUGCUGAUGUAGAUUAUGACCACAGCGAUGAGGAUGUUGAGGAGGAGGAAAACGAAGAUGCAAUGGAACUAGGAGAGGAUGCAGAUGGAUCAAAAAAGCCAGCAAAUGACCAAUUCAAUUUGAGCACUAUGAGAGGAAGAAAAAGCCGCUUGCCAAACUACGACAUGCAAAUUCUUGACGGCUGGUACCGCCAUGUUGUAGAAAAGCAAUCCAACUCAUUCUCUCUACCUAAUCUGGUGGUUAUGAUACAAGAUUUUGAGAGUUUUGAUCCCACAAUCUUAGAGGAUUUGUUUGAGAUAUGCAGUGAAUAUCGCUCUCGACUACCUAUUGUCCUUUUAAUUGGUAUUGCAACUUCAUCCAACGCGUUACAUCAAUCAUUAAGUAAAUCAGCACUUAGUCUGCUACGAACUGAAAAGUUCUGGUUGCAACAAAGCGAUGUAUGGUUCAACAAAGUCAUCGACGAGCUGUUCAUUAAGCCAACACAAAGCAUUAAGCUGGGACCUCGUCCAUACAAAUUUCUGUUGGAUCACUUUUACUUGUUCGACUUCUCCAUUGGUUCCGUCAUGGCUAGUUUGCAGUUCACUCUCAUGCACCAUUACUACGCAAAUCCUCUUUCGAUUCUCUCGCCCAUGAAUGACACGCCGGUUAGCAAAGAAAUGCUGGUCAAAAUGCAGGAGGAUGGCCUUCUGACGGCUGACCACGCAACGCAUAUCAGAAUGCUAAGAUCUUUCCGCACUCAUAUUGACGAUAUAUGCGAAAAGGAUCCAAAUGAGGCUCUAAGGCUUUUGGAUGAUGAUAACUAUCUUAUGACUGAGGCGGUACCACGAUUUCUAGAAGACCUGAAUCGUCAUCAUAUGCUAUCCUAUGCCGUAUUCGAAAUCAUGACUACCAUUCAAGCAUGUUUCCCGACAUUUGCUGGUUUGAGACGGUCCAAGCGUAUGCUCUAUCUUGAACUGCUAGAGAAUGAAGACGGCUUAGCUAACAGUGAGAUUGUUCGAUGGCUCGUCAGUCUCGUCCGAAAGAUGGAUUUGGAGGCGCUGACAGGGUUACUCAAGUCCCUCUCUGAACUACUAUUGGAUGAUAAUGAGAGUGAUUCCUCAUUAUGGUCGGAAGGCGUAAGUGACGAACUAGACUACAAAAAGAAAGUGGUGGGCUGGAUGGAACGUCUCGGUAUGGAAGAAGUCGAUGACGACCAAGAAGAGGAAUCGCUAGGUGAUGAAGUCAAGAAAACCAAGGAGGAAAAGCUACCUGAUUUAGACCUGGGACGGCAGACUAAAACUGCCAAACGAGUCAAAAUGUACAUAAUCAAAAAGAAAGGUGGUGAACCGGUCAAGGUAUCUAAUGAAAUAGCGGACUGGAUUCAGUUGAUCUUCAGUCGAUACCUUGGGUCCUUUGUUGCUUGGCCAUUACAUGAGCUGGUUUAUUACAGUAACAUCAAGCUUCAUGAGAAGUCAUUUACUCCACAACCACGGGCGUCCAUUCAGACCGCGCUAGGCCAGGCACAGCAUUAUAUCAACUGCUCGUGCUGCUCCUCCAAAGACGUGGGUAGUAUUCAACCUACUGAACAAGAUACCAGUAUAUUGUACAAAUUGUACCUCGAGUGCGGGCGAAUGAUAAAUCUGUACGACUGGUUUGUCGCUUUUGGUUGCGUCAUCGAACGGGAAAAAGGGAACAAGAAGGUAGACGAGAAUGAGGUACAGGCUAGAUUUAUUCGGUCAGUUGCCGAACUGCAAUUUUUAGGGUUCAUCAAGGCCACCCAGCGUAAAACAGACCAUGUCGUGCGAUUGACGUGGUCGCAUACCUGAUGUCAUACCUUUGCAAGCACCUGCAGAAAAUAAAAUAUGAUAAAAAAAAAAAACCAACC